UUUAUGUGGAGUGCUGGGUUAGGGUUCCGCCCACCGAGGUAUCUCUGAUCGCAGGGCAGUCACAGACAGGCAGAGAGUGUAAAAUGGCGCACAGCUGUCGGUGGCGGUUCCCCGCUCGGCCCGGAGGGAGCAGCAACUCCGGUACCGGGAGGAGAGCGGGCCGAAUAAGGGUUACUGCCUCUCUGCGGAGUGUCUCGGGAACCCACCCCAACGCAGCUGGGCUCGGACCUGGGUUUGAUGCUGCACUACAGGUCUCUUCGGUUAUCGAGAGCAACCUGCAGAAAUUUCGGGAUGUUUUGGGGGAAUCGAGUGACUCGAGCAGCGGGGAGGAAGAAGCAUUUGGAGGCUUUGGAACGGUUGUGGAGCAGAAAAGAAUACAGAGCCCCUCAACAACGUCUUCAGUGGGCCCACCCAUACAAGAGAAGAAACCCAGAGGCCGCCCCCCACGGGCCCUCACUGCCCAAAAAGCUGCUGCAAAUCUACCUUCCCCCUCCUCCCUUCCUUCCCCGACACAGGCGAAACCUGAAGGCCCUGAAAGACCAGCUGAGAAGGUGAAAAGAUUACCUGGGAGGCCACCUGGCACCGGGGAAAAGAGAAGAGGUCGACCCCCGUCUUCAAGCAACAAGAAAGCUUGGAGCACAGGCAGCCAUGCAGCAGUGGAGGACAGUAGGCAGGCUGGCUCUGAGUUGGGCAUGGACACAGAGGAGGACAAGGACAGAAAGGGCACCAAGAGGAUGUCACUGGGCUCUGCUCAACCACAUGACACUGAGGCAAAGCUUCCCAAAGGUGGGCGUGGUGAAUCCAAAGUUACCAACCUGAAGAGGCUGAGAGCGACUAAACUUGCCCCUCUCAAGUCACGGCUCAAGACACUGCCCGGUGUACCCCGACGAAGACGUGGGAGACCACCCUCAGCUGAGCGUCUCAAAGCUGAGGCGGCAGCUGCUGCUGCUGCUGCACAGCUCUCUACCUCCAUUGAAUGUGGGGAUGGAAAAUAUAAGGCUUUUAGGGCCCGAGGUGGGGAUAGAGGCACAGAACCACACACUUCUCAGCAGCCCAUUCUGAGGAAUGUGGAUGGUACUGAGGACCAGGAUUCUUCCAAUCCACCUGCCUCCCCAUCUCCCUCCAAGCCAGGCAAGACAGUGGGCCUUAGAAAAAGUCCUCGCCAUAGAAAGCCUGUCAGAAUUGUCCCCUCUUCUAAACGCACUGAUGCAACUAUUGCUAAACAACUGCUGCAGCGUGCUAAGAAAGGAGCGCAGAAGCGACUGGAGAAAGAAGCUGUAGCCAUUGGGGGUAGUGGAGCUGGAACCAUUGAAGCUGGUAUCAGGAAAACCCAGCUGAAGAACAUCAGACAGUUCAUCAUGCCUGUGGUCAGCACUGUCUCCCUUCGCAUCAUCAAAACCCCCAAGCGCUUCAUUGAAGAUGAGGGCAGCUUUGGAACUCCCCCACCCCAUAUGAAGGUGGCACGGUUGGAAUCAACCCCCUCAUCUGUUUCCACAUCUGCCCAACCCACCUCCGCCACCUCCUCUUCUCCCUCUCCUGUCCUGGUCUCUUCUACCCUUCCUGUUACUACUACUGGCACCACUGCUCCAACUGACACCCUCCCUCCUCCUCCCCCUCCUGCUCCUGCCCCCAGUGUCCCAUCAACAGCUGCCAGUCUGCUCAACAGCAACACCAACAACGCCGCCAACGGGCGUUUUAGCAGUAGCGCGGCAUCCUGUGGUUCAAGUGCUUUGUCGCAGCAUUCCUCCCAACUCUCCUCUGCAGAGUCUUCCAGGUCCAGCAGCCCCAGCUUGGAUGACUCAUCAUGUGACUCUCAGGCUUCUGAGGCCACACAAGCGUUGUCGGAACCAGAGGAUCACUCUCCGUCCUCACAGGGAGAGAGGGAGCCCAACCUUUUACACAGCUCACAGCCUCCUUCUCCUCCUUCUGAGCCAGAGCCAGAACACAUGUUGUCAGAGCGGGAUCGACGAGGCCGGAGAGGACAGGGGGUCAACCGGGGAAGUCAGAACCAGAGGGUGAGGGACACUCUAACCACAGGGGCUAAAAAGCCUAUCAUCAGCCCACCAACAGGAGUACUGAUGUCAUCAUCUUCACUAGUAAAUUCUCAGCAAGCUUCAUCCACAGCCUCCUCCUCCUCUUCACCUCCACCUCCCCCUCUCCUCACUCCCCCACAGCCACAGUCAGCUUCCUCCAAUACAGCUGCUGUCAGUGAACACCACCCACAGUCACCCUGGAUGUCCCACUCCAUCCCUCCUUUCUUGUCUGGAACAUCAGUGCUGUCUAACUUGUCAGAUAAACGUAGCCGCUCAAUUCUUAGAGAACCCACCUUCCGCUGGACUUCUCUGUCCCACCCUGAACAUCAGUACUUUUCCUCAGCUAAAUAUGCCAAGGAGGGCCUCAUUCGCAAGCCCAUAUUUGACAACUUCCGUCCUCCUCCUCUGACAGCUGAAGAUGUGGGGCUAUUGCCCCAAGGUGUUAGCGGACCAGGGGGAGCUGCUCCAGUUGCAUUCCCAGCGCAAGGCAGCGGAGCAGGAACAGGAACUCGUCUUUUUGCCCCUCUUCACCCACACACCCACCACCAACAUCCCUCAUCAUCCCGCUUUGAUGCAUCACUCCAGAAGCGCAGCCCGUUGCUUCGUGCUCCUCGCUUCACACCCAGCGAGGCUCACUCUCGAAUAUUUGAGUCUGUUACACUGCAGUCAUCUUCUGGAAGCAGCCCUGGCUCUCUUUCCCCACAUCAGACUUCCUCUAACUCAAGCAGAACCUCACGGCGCAGGAAGCGACUGGUCUCGACAACACCACGUGGCCACCCCCGGUCUCCUUCCCACUCAAUGACCAGACGCAGCAGCCAAAUAGGAGGCCAGAUGUCUCGGGGGAAAGGCUCCUCUGACAUGUCUGUGCUGACAGGCUCUGUCUCCUGUAGUAACCCCAGCUCUUUGCCAGGGGUUUCUGCAAGUCCAUUAGCCACUAGUGCCUUAACUCCUGCUCCUUUCAGCACCUUCUCUCCCGUAUCCCUGGGUCUGACUUCGCAAGGGACACCUGAUAGCAGGAGAGGGGCUCCUGGAAACCCACCUCCUUUGACAACUACAUCAACUACUUCUUCUUCCCCCCUUUUCCCUCUGUUUCCUUCCAGUGCCCAGGACACAGGGCGAGGCCCUGGGAAAGGUGGUAAGGAAAAAAGCUUGUCCACUCCACAGGAACCUUCUCCAAAGGAAAAAGAAAGGGAUUCUGAGAAAAACCGAGAAAAAGAGAAGGAGAACAAGAGAGAAGGGAGGAAGGAGUUGGAGAAAAGAAGUAAGGUUUCUUCACCAGAUGGCUCCCCCAAUGCACCCUCCAGCCUGUUUACCGUGGAUGGAAGAGACUCAGAAGAUGCUCUUUUAUCUCUUGCUCCAAAAAAGAAUCCAGGGAGAAAAAAAUCAACAUCAGUUGAUGUGGUUUCUGACACUGCUUCCUCAGAGGUGCGCGGGGUUCAUUCCACUGUUCCCAUGUCCGUUGCUAAAGGGCGUCUAUCUAAGAAAGGCAGACCUUCUGACAAAGGAGCAGAGAUAGAGGAUGGAGAAAAAGAGAAAGAGAAACAAAGUGCUCCUAGCCAGCAGACAACAAACCUUCCAGGGCAGCCAGGCAGACAGCAGCUCCCCUCUCUUGGAUUAGUGUUGAUAGAAGCAGAAAAACAGCCUGUGUCCGACAAGCGGGUUGUCGGACUACUGAAAAAGGCCAAAGCUCAGUUCUUCGAGAUCAAGAAGAGUAAGCUGAAGCCUGCAGACCAGACCAAGGUCCAGGGCCAAGAGAGUGACUCGUCAGAGACCUCCGUCCGUGGUCCACGCAUCAAGCAUGUAUGUCGUCGUGCGGCUGUGGCUCUUGGCCGUAAUCGGGCAGUUUUCCCUGACGACAUGCCAACACUCAGUGCCUUGCCCUGGGAGGAGAGAGAGAAGAUCCUAUCUUCCAUGGGGAAUGAUGACAAGUCAUCAGUAGCAGGUUCAGAGGAGGCAGAGCCUCAGUCCCCUCCCAUAAAGCCACGGGAGACUCGACAAAAGGCCGUUCAAGAAGCUCCUCCUAAGAAGGGUCGCCGGUCCCGACGCUGUGGCCAGUGCUCUGGCUGUCAGGUUCCAGAAGAUUGUGGUGUCUGUACGAAUUGUCUUGACAAGCCUAAAUUUGGAGGACGAAACAUUAAAAAGCAAUGCUGCAAGAUGAGGAAGUGUCAGAACUUGCAGUGGAUGCCCUCAAAGAUGUUUCUUCAGAAGCAAGGCAAAGGCAAGAAAGACAAAAAGAAGAACAAGUUGUCUGAGAAGAAGGAGAUUCUCAAUCCAGUAAAAGGACCGAUCUCAGAGUCCGGCCCUAAAUCCACUCCUGCACCACCAAAGGAGGAGCCUCUCCGCAAAAAGAGUGAAACUCCUCCGCUCAAGCUGGGAGAGGAGAAGUCAAGACAGCAGCCGUUGUCAAAGCAACCAUCUCCAGCUCUUGCAUCUUCCCCUGCCCCGAUCGAACCCCCUCAGGCCCCCAAUACAGUCACAGCCCAGACUCAGUCUCCAGCCCUGACAGCAGACACAAAGCAGGUCUCCAUCACGAGCAGUGUCACUAGUAAGAAGGGCCACAAACCACAGCAGUCUGUACCAACAUCCUCCUCUUCCUCGUCAUCCUCAUCAUCCACGUCAUCAUCUUCUUCAUCCUCGUCGUCUUCCUCCCCGUCAUCUUCAGCCCAGAAUUCUCCCUCUCAGUCUACACAGUCUCAUCAACCGUCUCAACAACAGCAACGGCCUCUUACUAGUCAAGCAUCUUCAAAAAAAGAUGCUUCACCCAGGAUUCCCCUGAUCGAGCCCAAGAAGAAGCCCCAGCAGCACUCAUCUCAACAGCAGAGCUCAACAGCAAUUUCAGAUACAGUUGAAUCAAAACAGUUGAAAAAGCCACCUUCUCGUUCUGCUCUUCCAUCUCCUAAACAGAGACCAAAAGACAAGAAGCCACUUACCGCUAAACCCCCCAGCAGUAGUACUUUAAACUGGCUGAGCACUCCCUCGACUAGGGGCCAAACGAAGUCCAGAGCUCCCUGCGACGGAGUGCAUCGUAUCAGAGUGGAUUUCAAGAGGGACCAUGAUGUUGAGAAGGUUUGGGAAGCUGGCGGUCUCAGCUUGCUCACCUCUGUUCCUGUCACACCAAGGGUGCUCUGCUUCUUAUGUGCAAGCAGUGGGAAUGUUGAGUUUGUUUUCUGCCAGGUAUGCUGUGAACCGUUCCAUCUCUUUUGCCUGGGGGAAUCAGAGCGCCCACUCCAGGAGCAGUUUGAGAACUGGUGUUGUCGACGAUGCAGAUUCUGCCAGGCCUGUGGACGCCAGCACCAGAAAACUAAACAGCAGUUGCUAGAGUGCGACAAGUGCCGUAACAGCUAUCACCCGGAGUGCCUGGAUCCCAACCACCCUACCAGACCUACGAAGAAGAAGAGAGUCUGGGUUUGCACCAAGUGUGUGUGCUGUAAGAGCUGUGGAGCCACUAAACCUGGGAAGUCCUUGGGUGCCCAGUGGUCACAUGACUUUUCCAUGUGUCAUGAUUGUGCCAAACUGUUUGCUAAAGGAAACUUCUGCCCACUUUGUGAUAAGUGCUAUGACGAUGAUGACUAUGACAGCAAGAUGAUGGAGUGUGGCCGUUGCAACCACUGGGUUCAUGCAAAGUGUGAGAAUCUGACCGAUGAAAUGUACGAGCUGCUAUCAAAACUGCCAGAGAGCGUUGCCUACACGUGUACCAAAUGUACAGAACGCCAUCCACCCGAGUGGAGGACAGCGCUGGAGAGGGAGCUUCAGGGCUGUGUUCGCCAUGUCCUCACUGCACUGCUCAACUCACGCACAUCCUCACACCUGUUGCGCUACAGACAGGCGGUGAAACCUCCAGAGCUGAACCCAGAGACAGAGGAGAGUCUCCCAUCCCGUCGUUCCCCAGAGGGCCCAGAUCCUCCAGUCUUGACAGAAGUCACCCCCACACCUCCGAGUGACUCCCCUCCAGACCUGGAGUCUGUUGAGAAAAAGAUGGAUCAGGGCCGCUACAAUUCAGUGCUGGAGUUCAGUGAUGACAUUGUGCGAAUCAUUCAGACAGCCAUGAACAGUGAUGGUGGCCAGCCUGAGAGCAGGAAAGCCAACAGCAUGGUCAAGUCUUUCUUCAUCAGGCAAAUGGACCGAAUCUUCCCAUGGUUUAAAGUCAAAGAGUCCAGGUUCUGGGAAAGGCAAAAUGUCUCUGCCAACAGUGGGCUUCUCCCAAAUGCUGUGCUGCCUCCAUCCCUGGACCACAACUAUGCUCAGUGGCAGGAGAGGCAGGAGCUCUCUCGCGCUGAACAUCCACACCUCAUGAAAAAGAUCAUCCCAGCUCCCCGACCCAAGACCCCCGGUGAACCGGAUUGUCCAGCUUCCCCUCCUCCUCUCCCUCCAUCUCUGCUCCCGCCAUUCCCACUCUUACCUGAUCGUGAAGACAGUCCAGAGCUCCCUCCUCCUCCAGGCGUUAGUGAUAACAGGCAAUGUGUUCUGUGUCUGAAGUAUGGAGAUGAGAACACUAAUGAGGGGGGCAGGCUGUUGUACAUUGGUCAGAAUGAGUGGACCCAUGUGAACUGCGCCCUGUGGUCUGCUGAGGUGUUUGAGGAUGAUGAUGGCUCUCUGAAAAAUGUUCACAUGGCUGUUCUCAGGGGAAAACAGCUGCGCUGUGAGAUGUGUCAAAAGCCAGGGGCCACAGUUGGCUGCUGCCUCACCUCUUGCACCAGUAACUACCACUUCAUGUGCGCCCGCCAGUGCAACUGCGUCUUCCUGGAGGACAAGAAAGUUUAUUGUCCAAAGCACAGGGACCUCAUCAAAGGAGAAGUGGUGUCUGGGUUUGAGGUGACCCGGAGGAUCCUGGUGGACCUGGAAGGAAUAAGUAUCAGAAGGAAAUGGCUGGCAGGGCUGGAGCCUGAAAAUGUCCACAUGAUAAUAGGCUCCAUGACCAUUGAUUGUUUGGGGAUACUGACUGAACUCUCAGACUCCAAACGCAAACUCUUCCCUGUAGGAUACCAGUGUUCAAGGGUUUACUGGAGUACUUUAGAUGCUCGAAAACGCUGUGUGUAUACUUGUAGGAUUCUAGUUUGUCACCCUCCAGUGGUGGAGUCUGACCUAAAAAACAUGAUGGCUCCUGAGGAGAAUCGCACAAUAGCACACAGCCCACCUCCCAUAACAGAAUUUCUUGAUCCCUUUGAAUCCCCAAGGCGCUCUGACAGCCUUUCACCUGCUAACACCCCCAAGCUCAGGGUUUACACCAGGAACCGACACCCCAGCUACCCUCCCUGUCAGCGCUCCUUAGGCCCCAGGCCCAUGCCCUCUCCAGGAGGUACUUCGCAGCCCCAAAGCCAUGAGAUUGUGACAGUAGGAGACUCCCUGGUGAACCCCAGCAUGCGGAAUAUUGACUCACGUCGCCACAGCUCUCCUUCUCUCUCUCCUCCAUCACACCAGCUGAACAGACAGAGAGGUGUGACUUCCCCACCUCAGAUUUUGUCACGUCCCCUUACCUCACCUCCUCCCCUCAUCCCCUCCCCUGCCAGAGACCCGGAAAAGUCCAAGCACCUCAGCAAAGACUUGGCAAAGAGUCCAGUCCAGAGAGAUGAUGAAAGAGGAAGACUGUUCUCCACAGACAGAAACAGACAGCAACCAUCCAGAGACCAAGGGAUGAGAGAUGCAGACAAGGGGAGGGUGUCAAGUCAAGACCAAGUUUCUAAGGAUUCUGACAAGAAUAGAUCAUACAGAGAACUGGGACAAAAAGAUUCUGAUAAGGGUGAAACACCAGCCAAAGAGCUGGAAAAGAAGAGGCCACUAAGUAAAGACUCGGGUCUGAAAGAAUCUGAAAGGGGGAGGCCUCUUGGUAGAGAUCUGUUAAGAGAUUCAGAAAAGGGGAGACAAGCAAACAGAGACUCUGAGAAGGGGAGACAGACAAGCAGAGAAUCAAGCAGUAGAGAAACCGAUAAGAGCAAAUCGUCGUCUAAAGAUCCCAGCUAUAAGGACAGGUCACUUAGUAGAGAUGUAGGACUAAGGGACUCCGAGAAGCAUAGACAAUAUUGCAGGGAAACAGGAAAAGACUCAGGCCAAGGUAAAGACAGACUGUCUAGUAGGGACUCUGACAAGGGUAGACCUCUCUCUAGAGAUUCAAGUUACAGAAGCACAGAGAAAAGCAAAGACUCUGGCUCAGGGAAAGAUAGUAAUCCUGGUAGUCAGUCCAAACAGGCUGGAGGUGAGAGCAAGAGCCCUAGACUGGCGCCUGCAGGCCUGAGCCUGCAGAUGCGGAUGGACAAGCAAGGGCAGCAUGGAGGCAAAGACCAGGAUGUUUCUUCAAGUCCCGGUUUGCUGCCUCGUCAUCGGUCAACCCCCACCUCUCACAGCACCCAGUUUAAGGACAAGGCCAGCUCAGGGAAGGAGAGUAAUAGUGGCACUGGAAAUUUAAUGCCAGUCCAUAAGGACUCUGUUGGGAAAUCUGGUUCCCCACAGUCUUCAUUUCAGAAGUCCAAUGCACGUAAAUCCAAUGAUUACUCAUCAGGUCCAGCCACAGCAGCAGAUAUGAAGCCUCUGUGGCCCUUGAGAACACCAGCAGAAGAUGAUGUUGUCAAGCGAGGCUCCUUACAUCUGGCCUCCCCAACUGCAGCCUCAGCUGCCAAAGACAAACACUCCAAAGUUAAGAUGGCAAGCAGCAGAGAAGUGUCCAAAGACCAUGAAAGAGAGAAGAGUCUCCAAAACAGCAGCAACAAAAUUUCCCUUCUCAACAACAACACGAAAGCUACUGGCAGCACCAACACACAUGCUACAAACCCCAGCUCUCACAACAGCAACAAUAGCAAAGCUCCAGUGCUUGGAAACAGCACUAAAGCCCACGGGAAGGCUCAGUUGGAGAAGCUUGAGAACCAGGGAGCAGACAGGUUACCCUCAAAGAGCAGAGAAAAUUACUCUUGUCCUGAAAGAAAGAAUAGCUCCAGUCUGGACAACUUACAGCAGCUGCAGUCUGCUGGUUUACCUUCAGAGAAAGGAGUGAAGACCUCUUCUCAGUCUCACACCAAACCUACAACUAACCAGCUGCCAUUGUCCUCCAGAGAGAAAAAGAGAUCCAUUAAACCCCCUGCUGUAGCUCCAUUAAAGACUGAUAUCAAGACUGACCCUAAUGGGACCAGCACACUUGGUGGCAUUUCUUCCUCCUGUCCCACGAGCACUACCUCCACUGUUUCUCCUGCCGAGCAGGGGGCCCGUCGCUCUGCCCGCUCCACUCUCUUCUCCUCACCCUCUGCCAGCAGCAGUGACAGCUCUGAAUCUGACACUCAGACUCAGACAGAGGAAGAUGAUUUGUGCAAGGAACCCUCUCACAGUGAGCUCCGAGAUCACCACAGCCUCCUCAGUCAAGGCACUGAGGAUGAGGGCGAAUGUCCAGAAGAUGACCAAGACAGAGGUAUGGAUUACAAACAUCACGAGGAUGACAGUGACGGAUCAGGUUCAGCCAAGCGGCGGUACCCUCGACGCAGUGCCCGUGCACGCUCCAACAUGUUUUUUGGCCUCACGCCUUUCUAUGGAGUUCGCUCAUAUGGUGAGGAGGACCUUCCUUUCUACGGCAGUGGGGAUGGACCCGGGGCAGCGGUUAAGAGGAGGACUGGUGGACGCAAGAAGUCAGCUGAGGGCCAGGUGGAUGGAGCAGAUGAUAUGAGCACCUCCUCUUCAUCAGGGGACAGUGGAGAAGAUGAGGACAGUGGAAUGAAACACAGGGGCAAAGACCCUUACUACUACAACUUCACCCGAACAAUAAUUAACCCUAGUGAUGGCCUGCCGUCUAUAGAAGGAAUCGACCAGUGUCUGGGAAGGGGAUCCCAGCUUCAGCGUUUUCUAAAAGACGAGGCACAGCAGCAACAGAGGGCUCAAGGAAAAGCUGAAGAGGACAUGCUCAGUGCUUUGACUUUAGGCAAGCAGCAAAUUGGUCAGCUCGAUGGCGUUGAUGAUGGCUCAGAGAGUGAUACCAGCAUCUGCACCACCAGCACUACAACCACUACAACCCCCUCCUCUUCCACUCCACAUAAGAGCAUUCCUAAGAGAAGGGGCAGAGAGAGGCACACUGAGAAACCUGACUCCCAUGACUCAAACAAGGAGGCUGAUAACAGUGGUGGAACAGUAAGCAGUAACACACGUGAAGGCAGAAAGAACCAGAAAGAAAACUGUCUUUCUUUGGGGGGCGGGGUCAAGUCCCAGCCACAGAGUCAGGGUCAGGAUCCCCUCGAGGCCCAACUGUCCCUCAGCACGGACCUGCUAAAAUCAGACUCUGACAACAACAACAGUGAUGACUGUGGUAACAUUUUGCCAUCAGACAUCAUGGAGUUUGUCCUCAACACACCUUCCAUGUCAAUGCAGGCUCUGGGUCAGCAGUCCGAGCCGUCUUCCUCAGAGCUUCUCUUGGAUGAGGGAUAUGUGGAUGUCAACCGCCGCAAAGACAUCCUGUUUGAUGACUUUUCCCAGCCACUGCCCACUGCUGAGAGUGGAGGUGUUGUGGAGAGUAGUGUGAAUAGCUCCAUGUCUGUAGAGGAGCCUUAUCUUCCUCUGGAGCUGCCUUCUGACCUCUCAGUCCUGACCACACGCAGCCCUACUGUUAGUACCAGUCAGAACCACACUGCUGGGAGUCUUAUCUCUGAUACCUCAGAUCGCACCAUGCUGGGCUUGACCUCUGACCCAGAGACUAUCAGUGCGGACAAGAGUGGGGACAAGAAAAGAACACGGCCAGGUGUGUCACCAUCAGAGAAUCAACAUGAUGCUACAACGUUGGGAAACAGGGACACGCAGGUCACAGAAGGUCACAUGACCCCUGAACAGUUUAUUCCUAGCCCUACUGUCGGUCAGGUCAUUGAACCCCAAGGUAACCAGGAUGUUUCCAGGAGCUCUGGUACCCCUGGUUUGCCAAGCUCCCCCUCCCUGCCUCAGAAGUACCUCCCGGCAUCAGCGGCAGCUGCAGGUAGUCCCAGCCCAGUUCCUGGUCCGGGACCCGCUCAGGCUCAGGUUUCCAGCCCCGCAGUCAUCAAACCAGGCCCUGACAAGCUUAUUGUCGUCAAUCAGCAGUUCCAACCUCUAUAUGUUCUUCAGACUGUCCCCAAUGGUGUCACCCAAAAAAUUAGUGCCACAGGAGUGAUGGACACUAGCUCUCAAGCAGUGCUGAGCUCUAUGACACUUACCACAGGGUUGAAUACUGGUUUAUCCACAGCCCAAUCAAUAUUUCCUGCUGGUGGCAAAGUCCUGGGCACCAUGCCUCACCCUUCCCAGAUUCACACAUUCACAGGACCCUCACAGACAGGUUUCCAGACAGGAAUCCCCAGCACCACCUCAGGUCUUCUCAUUGGUUUGCCUUCUCAGCCCCAUGAACAGUCACAGAUUCUGGUCUCUGAGGCUGGUCGACCACAUGAACUGGGUCCCAGUGUUGCCAUAGUAUCUAGUCCCUCCUCUCUCACUUCUUCCUCGACUGUACUUGCCUCUGCUCAUGGCAAGAAGAGGCCUAUCUCACGCCUACAACCAAGAAAAAGCAAAAAGUUGGCCCGCUCCCGCAGUCAGCCUACUCUGGCCCCGUCUGAGGUGGGUCCUCCCAACAUGACCCUCAUCAACCUGUCUUCCCCACAGAUUACUGCUAGCAUCCCUGGCCAACCUGGUGGGCUGGUUGAGUUAAGUACCCUGUCCACUUCUCAGCGCAAGGUCCCAAAUAUUAUAAAGAGACCAAAAUCAGGAGGAGUUAUGUAUUUGGAUCCCACGACUCUCCUUCAACAGAGGAUUCCUGGUCCUGCCCAACCUGGCAUCUUGGGUCACGAUUCCUCCACUCACCUUCUACCUUGCACAGUCUCUGGUCUUAACCCCAGUCAGUCAGUGUUGAAUGUUGUGUCUGUGCCCCCUAGUGGUGCUACAGGCCUUCUUGCACCAGGAUCGGUCUCCCUCUCCACCCCUGUCCUCAGCUCUACUGAGAUCACAGGACCGAUUAGCAACCUCCUGUUUAAAGCCAGUCCGCAUGGCUUGGGCCUGUCAGACCAACCAAUGGUCCUUCAGUCAGCAGGAGGAGCUCCUCUGAUGUCACAGCUCAGCUCCUCUGUGCAGACAUCAAUAGCCAGCAGCAUCUGCGUCCUCCCCUCCCAGCAGACUAUCAGCAUGGCUGUCAACCAGCAAGGGGAGACAGAAGGCAGCAAUGUCCACUUACAGCAUCAGUCUCAGCUUGUUAACAGGGCCCAGACAGUGGAUUCCAGUCCAAACACCACUGUUACAUUAGCUCCCGGCCCAGCCAACCCUCUAAGCCCUGCCAAAGGACGUGUUGUUGGAGUGUUCACCCAAACCUCUGCACACUCCCAGAGCAGUAGAACAACUCCCAUUUCCAGAUCAUCAGAACAAAGGCUGCCUAACUCCAGCACAGCAGCUGCUAUUUCAGGAACAGAAAAAGGCAAACAGAAAAUGAAGAGGAGCAGGCAGAGCACAGACGUAACCAGUGGGAAGAAGCCCAAGGUCUCUCAGGUAGAAGAGCAUCGCAGCAACUCUGCAGGACAACCACACUCAAACCCAAGUUCCAAAGAGCUGAAUUCCCCUGAACCCAUGGACACAGGCAAGCCCAUGGACAAGGCAUCCAGCAAGAGUGUUCUGGGGAAAAAGAAGACACCCGGAAGCCCUGUGUUAUCAGGGAAAGUGGUGGGGAAAGACAAACCAUCAGCAUCUGGGGGAGCAGGGACUUUUCCUGUGACUUCACCACCUGACCAGGAUGAAAACAGCAGAGACACUGGCUUGGAUAGCAAACCCAAGAAGGGCAUAAUCUUUGAAAUUAGCAGCGAGGACGGUUUCCACAUCCGCUGCGAGAGUAUUGAAGAGGCUUGGAAAUCACUGACUGACAAAGUGCAGGAAGCUCGCUCCAACGCACGACUCAAAGAGCUCUCUUUUGAAGGUGUGAAUGGAUUGAGGAUGCUGGGAAUCGUUCACGAGGCAGUGGUCUUCCUUCUGGAGCAGCUUUACGGCUCCAGACACUGCCGGAGCUACCGUUUUCGCUUCCACAAACCAGAGGAAACCGAUGAACCUCCCAUCAACCCCCACGGAUCGGCGCGUGCAGAGAUCAACCACAGGAGGUCUGUGUUUGACAUGUUCAAUUUCUUGGCUUCCAAACACCGCCAGCCUCCCGAGUACAGGCCACAAGAAGAAGAUGAUGAUGAAGGCCAGCUCAGGACAGUCAGACGGGCCUCCAUGGAGCUGCCACUCGCUGUGAGAUUCAAACAGCUCAAGGCCACCUCUAAGGAAACUGUUGGAGUCUACAGGUCUCCAAUUCAUGGCCGUGGUCUGUUCUGCAAGAAAACCAUUGACGCCGGAGAGAUGGUCAUUGAAUACUCGGGAAAUGUCAUUCGGUCUGUUCUCACUGACAAGCGGGAGAAAUAUUAUGAUGGAAAGGGGAUUGGCUGUUACAUGUUUCGCAUCGAUGACUAUGAGGUGGUAGAUGCUACGGUGCACGGCAACGCUGCCCGCUUCAUCAACCACUCCUGUGAGCCCAACUGCUACUCUCGGGUCAUCACUGUGGACGGCCAGAAACACAUCGUCAUCUUUGCCUCCCGGCGCAUCUACUGUGGUGAGGAGCUCACUUACGACUACAAGUUCCCUAUUGAGGACGCCAGCAACAAGCUGCUCUGCAACUGCGGUGCGAAGAAGUGUCGGAAGUUCCUCAACUGAUUGAGGACUUUAAAGAGGACUGUAAGUCUGCUGAGCAGCAGUGCCGAGGUGUUCUGAAGACGCCCCUGUCAGGGGUUUGUAGUGGCACUGACUUGAUGCUAAUUUUUUGUGUCUAGUUGACACAGGAUCACAGCUGCCAACAGGGCACAAGCUUUGUCAGUGUGUCUGCUGCUGGUGUUUGGCAGAACACAGCAGAGACAGCGAUCGUGGGUCAUACUGUAUAUACAGGAAGGCCAUUUUGGAGGAGGGGCCAUUUGUAUAAAUUCCAACAUGAUGUGCCUCCUUUUUGUCUCAUUUACAUUUGGCAUGGGAAGUUUCACCUUCAGAGGUGAGUUACGAAACAGUUUGAGCCGUCACGACAUUGCAAUAUUAACUUUAAUUUAUGUGAAUGAUGAAAUUACCCCUUCAUAAUUUCUUUUUUUUCUUUUUUUUUUUUACAUUGGCCCAUCCUCCUUAAUUUUCUAGAAAUAUGUUAUGGUCCACUAAUGCUGAGAUGUGAACAUAGAGGGAAAAAAAAGAUCAAAGAACUUGGUUCCAUUUUACACCAAAGUGCAAUUUGUUGAAGGGACUUGAAAGAGUGAUUUUCCGAGAAAGAAAAAUUAGAACCUUGUUAGAUUUUCUCUCUUUUUUUUUAUCUGAGUGUCAGCUGUUAUUGAUGCACAUCUCCCUGUCUGAAUGUGACCUGAUGCCUUCAGAGUCGUGAUUUAGAACCAUCCCCUAACAAGGCUUUUUUAAGAGCUUGUAACACUGUAAAUAAGAGCUGCUUGUGAACAGCAGCCUGACAAGAGCUGUACAGCUGGAAACACUAGGGGGAGCAGUGGCCACAGAGUGGAGGAGAGAGAAGAGAGACGAGGGGAUUAGAAGUGUUGAUUUGUUUAAAAAAAAAAAACAAAAAAAAAACAACAACAAAAGGUUAUUUUUGGUCGUUCUUAUAAAAGGUGAUUUCUGUGGUUGAGGCCAUCUGUCGUACUUCAACUGACUUUAUGUCUGACAGCUUGGUAGCUACGUAGUCAUGUUAUUGAUGGGAUUCAGCCUCUGGCCUGAGCGAGCGAGGCAGCUAGAGAUUCUGGUGGACUGACAGCCAAGGGACUGGAGAACCCUACUGACGUGCUUUAGUAGACGUAUUUAUAAUUGAUUUUUUAGAGCUGUGAUCCAGAAGCAGCCGUGGAACUUACAGAAACAACUUGUAAGUUUGUGCAUGCUGUUGUUAUUCUCAAACUUUUGGUAUUUACAUAAGGUUGGAAUUUUGAACCAUGUUCCAAAUUGCAGCAGCUAAGAGAACCAAACAUCACGCCCUUGAAUUGAAUUUUCACACAGCUUGUUUUCUUCUUGGCCUGUUGUGAUAACCAUUAAUAUUGAAAAUGUUUAUUAUUUUUUUUUUAUUUGUAUUGAGUCUUUUAAAGUCUUGUCUGUCAUCUGUCUUUUUAUUAUGGACAGGGAAAUAUCAUGCUUGCUUUUAAAAAACAGAUGUAAAUAGUGUAUAUUUUUCUACAAAAGAAAAGACUUAAAAAGCACUCACUAGUGAAUAGCACUUAAUGAUGGUAUUUAUAUUUUUAAAAAAUCUUAUUUAUUUUAUUGCCAUUUUUGUAGGAAAUAGAGGUUUACAAACACUAAUGCUUGGUCUCUAUGUUUUGUAUUCCGCUGCCUUUUCCAAGUUGUUUUAUUUUUCUUUUUUUUUUUUGUUGUUAUUCUAAGUUUGUUUUUUUCUUUUUUAAUUCGUAGCCUGAAUGUUUUCUUUGAUUCCAAAGACUGACACUGGUCUGUGGCUCGGUCCCCUUUUAGUUCAGUCCACCAGUAGCUCUUUUAUCUAUCCCAGGCCAUUUGGUCAGAGCUGACAGUUUUUUCUUCAUUGUUCUAGCUGGCAGUAUGGCAGUUAUGUGAACUAUUAUUAUGCACUUGAGAGAGGUUAGAUUGUUGAUCCAUAGCAGAUAUCUCCUCUCUCCAGCCUUAUUGUCUCCACACCACAUCAAGAAUCCAGUCCGCUCACAGGUCGUAUCGAAAUGAUUCGGUUUUUCUAAUGUCACCAAUCCUGCAAUGAGUCUAUGGGUUUUUUUAGACAACUGGCACGUGUAAAACCCUAGAAGAGUCCCAUCAGUUUAAACACUUUUGUUCCUCUGCAGACUCGGUCUAUAAUAAAGAGGUGCCUUUAUUUUAAUGCUCCCAACAGCAUUCGUCAUACCUGAGCCAUUCCGUUUAUUUAAAAAAAGAAAAAGAAAAGGAAAAAAAAAACCCCUUCAUCCUGGCGACUGCUCAUCAGUGCUCACCAGCAUUGCAGAUCACUUUUUAUUCUUUCAUCCAGCCUCCUCGUGGUUUGCCUUAGUUUAAAUAAGCAUGCCUCUUCUUUCUUAAAAGCCUUCAUGUCCCGGACCGGAUAUUUAAUUAGACUGUUUAGACUGACUGAUUCCACGUUGAGACUGAACUCAAUUACUUUGUUUUUGUCCCUUUUAAUUAAUUUAUUGCUGUCCACCCUUCACGCUGACUUCGUCAUCACCUACAGGUCGUUGGCAGUUACUCCCAUGCUGCUCCUUGCUGUUGUGAACUGAAACAAAAACACGACCCACAUGUGGUUUGCACUUUAGCUGUGACACAGGCACUGAUAAGACACGGGACAACUCCGCUCUUUCUCCAGACAGAUAAUGCAACUCCGAUGCUGAUACCACAAGCACAGAUAGUCACUGAGAAUACUUGUGUGAGUUUAGUGGCCCUGUUUGCUCAACUUGGAUUGGUCUUGAUGACUCCUGGAAGUGGUGUUUGAGGCUCUAGAAAAGUGCACUUGACUCUUUUUCUGCAACUAAGUGAAGGCAGGGACCACUCCAGCAGCCCUUUCCUUCCUGAAGGUGCAGUGUGUACGCACAUCGGCUGUGCUUUUCCAUUUAGGGCUCAAGAUCAGACGCUGAGACCCCCCCUAACCCUAACUGACAGGUCGGCCUCGUGGUUGUACAGCUGCACCUACGUUGGGCUUGCUGGGUUCUGCUGCUAAGGUCAGCAAUGAAUGUAUAUUCCUCCUCCGCAACAUCAGAAUUGUGAUGAUACUUUGUCAGCUACGUUUUGUUUUUAGUUCUUGUGUCAACAGCCCGGGUAGAUAUGCAAGGCGCGUAGAUAGUGACCUCACGCUGGGCAGCAGCAGCGGUUUCAGCGCUGGGAAUAAUACUGAAGUUUGAACAGCAGUGGCAUUUCUGUCUGUAGGACAACUGGUUCUUACUGGGUUAGCUCAACACUUCACGUUAGCAUCAGUGAUAACACGUUUACUGAUGCCAAGGGCUCUGUCUGCGACUCUCACUUGUCAAGAUCCACUUCUAAAUUUUCAGGGUCAGAAGGUUCAGUGAACAAUAACUCGUUUGUUUCACUGUUUAACAGCAUAUAUACAACAAGGAAAUGGUCUCUGUUGUUUCUUUGGACUUCAUUUUACCACGCCACACCAGUGGCCCUUCUCCGUCAUUAUCUGUAAUUAUACUAUAAAUACAUAACAAUAUUAUACGGAAACAUGCAUAGUAAUUUCUUGUACUUUAGUAUCUAUACAAUAUAUGGAAUGGACAGACAAACUUAGUUACAGUAGCAAAACAGCAGAUUUAUAAUGGUUAAUAGCAAUGUUUCAGUGUACUCUAUAAUGGUUUUGUGUUACAGUACUAUCAGAUGAAACUAACGUGCAUCAUUCUUUUGUAUAUUGAUAUCCAGUACCAAUUUUGCUGUGCCUGUGAGUGUUACUUCAUCAGCAAGGAACACUGCAGUUUUUCUUUUGAUUUUCUUUCUGGAAAGGAACAGUUUUUAUGUGAUGAGAAAUGUAACUGUAUUAAUGUGGUUGUGAACUUCUUGAAGUCAGCCAUUAUGUUUAUCCCCCUGGUUGUUGUAGUGAAUGUUUUUCUGUUGUUUUUUUUGUUGUUGUUGUUAUUGUUGUUGUUUGUUUUGUUUUUGUUUUUUUUUCCUUUGUAUGUUUUUAACAGGGACUUUUUAGGCGGCUUACUUGAUGUGGUAUAAAUUAAGAUUUUGGUUUGUGGAGACUGAUCAGGAGUUUUUAAGAUCCCACCGAAAUGGCGCUUUUCAUUUUGGGAAACCUCUCAUGUCUCCCUGACCACCUCUCUCUCCUCUGAAGCUUUGGUUGUACUUAUCAUGUACUGUUUUUAUAGAAAGUCAUAAUGCUGAGAUAAUGCUGAUGUUGAAAACAUUUAAUUUAUUUAUUUUGUGCAACAUCCACCGUGGAUUGUUCUUUGACAAGUCAAGGAUUGGGAGAGGUCGGGCGAGUACGUAACGUGUUUGUAAUUUUCUAAUUGUUUCUUAUGUAUAGAAGUUAUCAGCCUAUGAUGGGAUGUGGUGUCACGGAGGGAGUGGACGGUGGGACAUGCAAAAAGAGGGAUCACAGAUCAGGAACAGGCUCGUUUCUUAUGCCUUGAAUAUACCUUUGUCUUAUCAAUAUUCCUCCUGCUCUCUGUAAUAAUGGUAUCCAUGAGUUCAACAGUCAUAUUCUCUCCCGUUUUAACAGUGUUCUUUCAAUACACAUCAACAAAAUGAAGGAAAACCACCACAGUGAAAAUGAACCACAAACUACUUGGUUGAAUGUAUAAUUAGGAAACAAAGUUGUACAUAGGUGUAAAAAGAAAAGUUUCUAAUCAUGUUUAUUUUCUAUGCACUUUUUUAUUUAAGUGAUAGUUUAAAUAAUAAACAUGUCUCCUUUA